UCAGUUGGUUGCCACGGAUCGAGAGGGGAUAUCCACGGGGCGCUUCCGAGUCGAAGAUGGCGAGAGGGAUGAGAUCUCGACGAUGGCAACCGGAAGUGACGUUCACCUCGAGAACCCAGAAUACCACACACGGUGGUAUUUCAAGUACUUUCUUGGAAAAAUUCAUCAAAACUACGUAGGAGCAGAUGUGGAAAAGAAUAUCUUCUUCCUCUCCGUAGUUCUUACAGACGCUAACAAUCACAAUGUGCCCCAAUACAGAGCGAUCUUGUGGAGAAAAACGGGAACACAAAAGAUCUGUAUACCGUACAACUCGGCUAAGUCGAUGUCAGUGAAAAGAAUACUUGGCCGAUUCAACAUCAAAUCAGAGAAGUCACCAAAGGAAAUCUACACACCAGACAUUCAAAAGGAGCUACUGCUGUUGGAAGAGCAAGAGGGGUCAGUGAACUUCAAGUUCGGUGUUCUCUAUGCGAAGAACGGUCAGAAAUCAGAUGACGAAAUGUUCAGCAAUGAGCAUGGAUCAGAGGCCUUCCGGAAGUUGGUUUCUCUCUUGGGCGAGACCAUUACACUCAAGGGGUGGGACAAGUUCAACGGCGGUCUCGACGUCAAAAACAACACCACGGGUACAGAAUCAAUCUACACUAUGUACGAGGGACAUGAGGUUAUGUUUCACGUAUCUACCUCGCUGCCUUAUUCCAAAGAUAACAAACAACAGGUCGAGAGAAAACGACAUGUUGGUAAUGAUAUCGUAACUAUUGUCUUCAUGGAUGCCGAAGACCCGGAAGAUGAAGUCUUCUUCAAGCCUUCGAUGAUCAGGUCACACUUCACACACAUAUUUGCAUUGGUAACAUACAACAAGAACGAAGAUACUUAUAGGUUACGAGUGUACUCUGAAGAGUCAGUGCCUUUAUUUGGUCCACCGCUGCCUGCCCCUGCUGUGUUCGACGAUCACCGGGCUUUCCGAGAUUUCCUGCUCGUCAAACUCAUUAACGGGGAAAAAGCUGCCUUCAACACGCCUAUCUUUGCCAACAAGCGCCAACGAACAUUGGAAAUGCUUAUCAAAAACCUGCAACAAGAUAUGAUGCAAGAGACGAAUAAGCAAAACAUGCUGAACAAGAGGUCAUUCAGUGACGUCAUCCCUGACCCCGUCUGGGGCUGGAGAAGUAAGAAAGAAGAAGCCAGACAAGCAGAGUUUGUCAAGAUCGGACAGAUUCUUAAACUCAAAACUAUCGUGAAGGGGGAUGCCCCCACAAGCCUUGCAUCGACGAGUUUACUCAAAAGAGAGCCUUGGGAACCGCAAUGCAUCCAGAAUGACUUUCUGUUCGAGAUUGUUUGCGGAGAUUCAUGGGGGGACAAGCUGAUAGUUGGAACGGAAUCAGGGGUCUUCAUAAUCGAGGAGGGGCUAAGUCCUCGCAUGAUCUUCGAUAAGACGGUGGCUUUCAAACAGCUCAGCGUGGUAGAAGCUCAUGGGCUAUUAUUAGCCCGAGCAGACAAAGGCAAAGAUGGUCGGAUCUAUGUCUUCAGAUUAUCAGACUUUGAAGGGCAGGAGAAUGAGAGCUUGAUCAGAACAAAGUCCGACUGUAGGAAUCACAAGAUCGAGAGAUCGAAAGGCUGCCACCUGUUCUCUGUAAGCCGGCCUGGAGGAAGCCAUCUUCGGAUGGUGAUAGCUGUGGGGAAGAAGAUGAUCCUGAUGACAUGGAAACACAAUGCUGCAUGGUCCGCUUGGUGUAAGGCCGCGGAUACAGACACAGUAGAAGGGUUUCAGUUUACAAGGGAGCUAUCUGCGGGCGAUGUACCCAAUCCGAUGUGCCUGAUCGACGGAGGGCACGGCGACAACCACAUCGUAGUCGGAUACCGACAUCAGUACGACCUCAUCAACGAGAAGAACGGCGACACUUUCCGACUGCACCUCGUCGACGCGAACAAGGUUACUCUAGUGUCAGCUGUUGAUAUCUACGAAGACGAUGAACCGGAAGUGCUUCUCUCUUACAAUCAUAUAUCGCAAUUUCGACGGUUGAAUGGCGAGGCUUCUUCGGAUUUUGACAUGCAUUGGAACUCGGCUCCAAAGGCUAUAGUAUGCGCAUUUCCCUACAUCCUAGCCUUUACUCCAGACUCUGUUGAGAUUCGUCUAGUCGUCAAUGGCAAUCUGGUUCACACGAUGACCAUGCCUAGAAUCAACCUUAUCACAUCCAAGUGCGACAUGUACUUUACAUCGAUGGGUAUGGACGUCCUUCAACCGAGCCCCAAGGAGCCAGUCCGAGCAUUCAGUCCACUCUCCAGCCCAACAUCACCACCACAAACAUAUGGUCCUUUCUCGGGCGCUGCAGUUAGGAUCUACAAGAUUCCAUUAAUCAGUCUGGUAGGGCAAAUGAGUGAACGACCACUGCCAAACCCCACCAAUAACUGCCGACCUCGUUCCUUCAUCUCACCUCUCGUCAACAUUGCCGAGUCUCCACCGACACCUGUUCGGCGUUUCCGGAUUUCUUCGGGCUCCUCUCCAAAGGAGGAAGUGGAAUCGGAAAUCCUCACGACUGUAACCGUCCCAGUGACGUCAUUACCUCCACAAACAUUAUCCAAGGUCAAGGCUGGUCCUAGACCUUCUCAAGAAUACUCGGACUCGGGCUAUUCCGAAUCAGACUUCUCCUUCGAAUCGACGGACUCCCUCCCUGGAAGGUCCUCGCCAAGCAAAGGCGGGGACUCCGCGGAAACGCGCCGGCACAAAUUCGGUUGCCUCCGCUCACCGCGGAUGGUCAGACGACAGCAGAAUUCAACGAAAGCGGACAACGACGCACGCGCAGAGCUCCUCGGGAAGCCAAACAAACGCGCAAGUGGGCGAUCGCGCUUCACGUCAAGUACGUCGAGCACGCAGUCGGACUCGGUCUUUUACCCAAUACACAUCGAGAACAACAAUAACAACAAGAAUAACCAGAGUGAGAGUGACAUCGGAUUCGAGUUUAUCCCACCUCCGCGAAGCCCACUGGCCGAACGUCUUAGCAGCACAGGGAGUACGGCAUCGCAGCAGUCAGAGGCAGAGAUGAGAGCCGAGCUGUUGGGGCGUUUUAUUCACUCGCCUCGGGCUGAUCGAGCCUCCAACACGUCCUCGCUCCAGUCCGAAGACGGUGGAUCCGUCUUUCUCGAGCUCCCAUCGAAUGGAAAGUCAACCAACGGUCACCCACCGAGCCCGUUCGCCUUAUCCACUUCUGUUGAUGAUGACGAUAUUGAUUUGAAAUGAUAGUAAAACGAAGUACUAGUUUCAGUGUACUAAAGUAAUAUGUUUAUGAUUAUGAUUUUAUGCAUGUUGACUGAACAAACGAUGGGCCGUUUCCACUGCCCAUAUUUUAAACGAUGUUGCAAAGUUGUUGUCUUUAUAUGGAUUUAUAUCGUGCUGUUACUUUGAUGAAUAUGCCAUUGUAAGCCAGGCCUAAUUAUGAUUAUGCCCCUUCAACAUAACACUCUGAAUCAAUGCCCAGAAAUAACAUCACAAUGUACCCCUUUCCCUCACCUCUCUUCCAAUUUAUUAACUCCACCUCCGUCUUUUUCUCUUUACCCUAUUCUCUAAUCUCUCUCUCCUCUCUUUCUCUCAAUUUCCCUUAAUCUGUCACUCUCUGGACAUUUUAAAGAAAAUCAUUUGCACAUAUGUUGACCAUAGGUUGAGCACAUUAUAUCAAGAUGACCUACAAAAGAGUCCUCAGAAUCGACAAUCCACGCCACCCUUAAAACAAUAAUUUGUAUAAAAUAUGGUUGACCUGGUAAAUUGGUUUUCUGAUCCUGUGCAUGUACAACGCACAGAAAUAUUAUUAUCGUGCUGUUAAAAGAAUAUGGAUUCUAAGCACCGAAGCACGAUAGCAGCGUGGCAUUAAGGUCAGACGUGUAGGAAACCCAUUGCCCUCCAAAUAUGUCAUUCUCCCUGACUGGUUACGAACACGGUGGCAGCGGUGGGAUCAAUGAAACCCUACCCUAUCAAAAUGACUAGUGGCUCAAUUCUCUCUUUAUUGAAGCAGGAACAGAUGAAUUGAAAUGUAUGUAUUUCAUGCUGCAUACAUAUGAGAGGCCUAUGUUUUGUUAUUGAUGGCACCAGAAAGUGAAAUCGUAACAUUAGGAUAACCAAUCCUACAUGAUUUACAUAUGUACACGAUAAUUAUAAAAAUGUUGUAUUUUGGAGAAAAUCGUAAAAUGAAAAAGACAUUGAAAAGAUAUAAUACAACAGAAAAGUUCAUCAUAUUCUCAGUAUUUCCCCUUUCCAUCGUCUGGAUAAAUACAGUCAAACCUGCUUUAGUAACCACCUGUCCUCAAAGACCACAUUUUUUGUUUCCCUUGAAAAUGGUUUCCUAUUGAAAUUUGUACAAAAGGAACAUGUCUACAAAGAACACCCUUUUUGUUCCCUUGAAAAAUAUUCCCUAUUGAAACAUGUACUAAAGGAACCUGUCUUCAAAGACCACAUUAGUUUUUCCCAUGGGUGGUCGAUAUAGACAGGUUUUUACUGUACACAAUAAUAAUGGUUUAAGAAUUUAUGGCAGUGGAAUCAUCAUAUUUACGUUUAAUAUCUGUACUUUCUAUGUAAUGAUAUUGUGUACGUCUUUUGGUUCAUGUUUGUGUUUAUGUUCGAUUUAUUAUAAUCUGAUUUGCUUGUACACUAUUUCAUGAGCUGGUUGAUACGGGAUCAAGUUUGAAGUUGAAUUUAGAAAGUGCAGAAAACAUCGACUUUACAAAUCUAAAUUAAAGCAACAGAGUGCAUUCAAUGAAGUGGUCUUCAUUUAUAUUCACAAGUUGAUUAUCUUUAGGCUUUGGCCUUUUCCGUCACAGCAAUGUUCAAUGGGGGUGGAUUAAGCAUGUUAGGGCAAAAGCGUGAUUGUCUUGGCGCGACCAUAAACGAUAAAUCAUGAUUUGAAGUGUGUUGACACUUUACAUUCUCCUUAAAAAUAUAUUCUGUCGUGGUUUCCCGCGUUAUAUCUAUUUAAAACGAGGAUUUAUGGAUGCAAUUCACAUGUAUCUCUUUAUCAAAUAUCAACAAAAUAAAUUUUGCAUUAUCUAGGUAACUUUACGAUUGAAAAUAGAUUGUUUUGAGAAUAGCAUGUAAUGAGACGAGUUCACUCUCACACUACCUCAAUUGUUAUUUCUUUCAUCAGGGGCAUCCGGCUAAAACUUAGUGUUUUUGCUUAAUCGAAGAAAUUUCACUAGUCUUUUCCCCUUUUUUGUUGUUAUUCAAGUCAAACAAAUUCUUUGUGUAGCAUAUUGCAUUAGAAAUACAUCUUCUUUACAACUUUAAGAUAUAUCAGUAAGAAGGUCUGUGCUUGUUUAAUUGUGGAGUUUAAAUUGGACCUGAUCCAUUAAGUUCACUGAUUUAUAGAACGCUAAAUUAUUUAAAAUACGACGGUUUGAGCAAAUUUCAGAAACAAAAUUGGAAAAACUUUUGACGAAAAUUGCAAGGCAUUUUUUCACGUUUUUCAUCAAUCUGGGAGGGAAUGCAACGCCUAUUUAUUUAAAGUAAAAUUGUUGGAGCAAACUUCGUGAAAUUUGCGAAAACAACGAUUUCGACAAAAUCUGGAGGCGUUAGUUUACCAUUUUCGGCCCAAAAUGCAAGAUCUUUAGAAGCGCAAUUGUUCAUGUCUUUAUAAUCAAUCAGAGAUAGAUGUGACCUCGGCCUAAAAUUUCAUGAAAUUUGGAAAAGUAGCCAUUUUUUAAACCCAAAAUUUCAAGGGUAACUUCAUCUCUUUUUUCUCCACAAUCUGCUGUUGAAACUGGACAUGUAAUAGGCGGAUGGGACACAUGUAAGGUUUGCCUUUUCAGUUUUAUACUAACGAAAUCAGAGAACAAAAUUACAAAGAUUAUACCAGUUUAUCUCGCAUGAGACAAUUUCACAGAUAUAUCUAAACGUAUAUAGUUAAAGAAAUAUUAUGUUCACUUUCUUUGUCUUAUCUUAAUGAAAUCACAAUGCAGGUUGCAAAUACUUGUGUUCCUAGGUCUGGAAAGCAUCGAAUAAGAUUUGAGAUCAUUGAGAGCAACUUACCACUGGAGCGUAUAAUUAUGCUUAUUUCUGCAGAGAUAAGAAUAUGUUUGUAAACUGAUCUAUUCUUCUUAGUUUUUCUGUACGGGGUCAUGAUUUUUUUCCCCGAGCAAGGAUCUGAGCUCGGGUGCAGCAUGCAAUGACCCACUCAUAUUAAUAUGUAGAUCGGUCAGUUUUAUUUAGUGUGUCUUCUUCACCAUUCCUCCCUAGCCCCCCCCCCCCCCAACCUUUUCCAGUUUGGAUUCAAUAUUGAAACAGGUAAAGAGAUGCAGCCGAAUGCCUUUCUAAUACUUCUCAUUCGGUUAUGCCCCGGACCUUGUUAGAGGUAACUGGCUGUGUAGUUCUAGUAGAUAAGAGGUAACUGGCUGUGUAGUAGAUAAGACAUAACUUUAUACUUUUCUCAAAUGUGUAUCAGUUACAUAUAUGAUAUGUUCAAAACGUGUGUCUGCGUAUGGCUACAUUGUGUACUGUAGUUUCUAUAAGUGUAGCAAAAAAUUUGUGAAGUCUCGUUUGUAAAUUUUGUACUUUUGUCUUUAUACUCGUAGAAAAUAAUUCUAGCUCUUACAAAUGAAAAUAUUAUUGAAGAAAGAUUUAUAUAUUUCUGGGUCUGUCGAUGCAAUUGAUAUCGGUACUACACUUUAAUUAUUACAUUCUAUUUUAUCUCAAGAGUUUAUCAGAGAAUAUAAAAAUUCCGAGGCAUAUUUAUAAAUAGAGUACUACUCUUUUGAGAUGAAUUUAUAGCUUUGUAAAUUACUAGAUUAUAUAGCUGUACACAAGGAUUUUAAUCCAAUGGUACUUGUAGCAAAGUAAAUAAAGUGUAAAAUAAUCUGUCAUAUUUUUAUUUGUAUAAAUAGAUAAGAUAUCUGUAUUGCUAAUGUGCGCAUGCCUUGUUUUGAAUGCACAAUGAUGCACGGUUUUAAUGUAUGUACGAUUUUUUUUUCAUCUUCGAAGUUGUUAGCAACGACUGUAAAUUUGCUUUUCACAAAACCUUGUGCUAUAAUUGAUAUACUAUGUGUAAACGGUUGAAUCUAAAACUUUGGAAUAAAAGUACUGAAUAAUAAAACGA